AUGGCCGUUGCCCAGUCACAGCAAGCUGCCUUGAUGAAGUUGCGAGCAAGGCGCAGAGAUGGCAGGCUUCGCCAAGAGGUGAGAAUCCUCAAAGGCAUCACAAAAGAGAUCGCAUCCUCCGGAAAAGCAGGACGAUGGUGGGCGGUGGGCAAAAUUCUUGAAGACUUGCCUCGCCUCCGCAUUCAACCCAAUGGCAUCACACUCAAUGCAGCCUUGUCUGCACUGGGAAAUUGUCACAGAUGGCAACUGGCACUCCGGCUUCUGGGGGGCGCGAGUCGUGAGCUCCGUGCUGAGGUCCAAAGCUACAGCAUCUGCAUCACAGCAUGCACUCGCGCAGCCGCCCCCACGAUGGGUCGAGAGCUUUUUGACGAACUGAAACUGCAACGACAGCUUCUGCCGGAUCUCGUCGCAUAUGCUGCUGCAAUCAGUGCUGAAGCUUCAGCUGGCCAUUGGCAGCAGGCGAUGGCUCUCUUCCAGGAGAUGACUUUGCAGAAGUUGGUGCCAAAUGUGGUGGUACACUCGGCAGUCAUCACGGCAAUGGAGAAUGCCGCGCAGUGGAAGCUUGCGUUGGCCAUGCUGGCGGAGAUGUGCACCUCAGGGCCCCAGCCAAACGUGGUGAGCUUCAGUGCCGCUAUCAGUGCUUGUGAGAAAAGCCACGGGCGAUGGGUGCCAGCCCUGAAUUUGCUUAGCACCAUGCAGGAAGUCUUUGUGCAGCCGAACACCAUCACACUGAACGGUCUCACUGCCGCCUUUGUGAAAGACGGUCAGUGGCGAAAGGCCUACCGGCUCGUCGCUGCAGUUCCAGGUUUGAAGUGCCGGACUAACAGCAUCUCGCAUUGCUCGGCGAUUUUGGCCUGCGGGCAGGGCGAUGAAUGGACACGGGCUUUGUGGUCCUUCGCAUCUCUAGGGCACCUGAGCUUGGGCCAAAGCCUCUUCUGCAACAACUCGGCAAUCACUGCUUGUGGCAAGGUGUGGCAUCAAGCACUUCACCUUGCAAGCUCGCUCCAAGAGGGCAUGGCCCCCGAUGUCGUGACUUAUGGUGCUCUGACGAAUGCUUUGGCAGAGGGAACGCAAUGGCAGCUGGCAUUAGCAGUCUUGGCGGACAUGCACGGCUUCCCAGACUCGGCAUGUUUCUCCGCGGCUCUGACCGCAUGCGAACAUGCGGCUUGUUGGAGAGCAGGUCUGCAGUUGCUGGAGGACAUGGUAGUGGCUCGCGUUUUGGACGAGAUCGCUUGCACUCUGGGAAUCAGCAUGUGUCACAAAGCCGGGGAAUGGCGAAGUGCUCUUGCCGUGUUCGACGGGCUGAUCAAGAAGCAGGUUUCGCCUGGGGAGGCGAAUUUUGGAGCUGCAUUGAUGGCUUGCGCAGAUGGUGGGGCCUGGGUGUGCGCGGUCGCGCUGCUUGACGCCAUGAUGGAGCAAAAGCUCACACCAGAUUGCUGGGCUGCAGGAUCAGCUGCCCACGCCGUUGGGCAACGACUGGGCCCUGAAGCUGCGUAUGAAAUACUCGAGAAGUUCCGUGACCGCUGGCAAACCAAGCACUCCAGCCUUGACGCAUGGCAGCUGGCAACUACAAUCCAGGCGAAGGUGCUGAACCUGGCUUCAGGCGUCAUUGCACUGGAGAAGCCAGCAGGCAUUCGAACAGAAGACCUUGUGCAAGGUGCAGCAUGCCUAGUUUCCCGGUUGGACCAUCCUACGUCUGGCGUACUGCCCUUGCCCUUGGGCAUCGAGGGCUCUCUUCCAGCUCAGUGGCUCCAAGCACAGUUCGCGGCAAGACUAGUACAAAAGGAGUACCUUUGCCUUUGCGAGGGCGGAUCUUUGGGUGCUGUGGGCAGCACCGGGACUAUUGACAGUCCGUUGCAGACAACUGAAGUGAGCCACUUCGGCCGUCACUUCAGCCGAACCGUGGCUUCAUCUCAGGGACGAAGUGCCUGCACCAGGUUUGAGGUUCGCGAGAGGUUCUUAGUUCGUCACGGCGUGGAAGUCAUUUUGUUGCUGGCAAAGCCUCUCACUGGACGAACACAUCAGAUCAGAGUUCAUUUGGCAAGUAUUGGUCGUCCUCUGCUGGGUGAUCUGAGCUACGGCUUGCGAGACGAUUCUGUCUUCCCGGAUUGUCCACGGCUUUUCUUGCACUGUCGACAGAUCCAACUCCGAGAUUUGUCUGGCAAGUCCUUCGUGGCCGAAUGUCCUUUGCCAACGGAUCUUCGAGACGUGCUACUCCUGUUCAGAGGAGGACUUCAGAAGACGGGUGCUGCACAAAAGCUUGUGCCGAUGGUGUCGGCUUUGGGUUAA